GGGUGGGAGAAAGUCUCCCUGAAAUUCACACGCCACUUUAUCUCUCUCUCUCUCUCUUCAAAGGCCCCUUCUCACUCCGUACUUUUCUUCUAGCGUCCAGACUCCGGCAGAUAGGAGGAGCUUCCGAUUCAAUAAUUCAAUGGCGAACAGCAAUCUUCCCCGCAGGAUCAUCAAGGAAACUCAGCGGCUUCUCAGCGAGCCAGCACCUGGAAUAAGUGCUUCUCCAUCCGAAGAGAACAUGCGAUAUUUUAAUGUGAUGAUUCUUGGUCCAACACAGUCUCCUUAUGAAGGAGGCGUUUUCAAGCUGGAAUUAUUUUUACCUGAAGAAUACCCAAUGGCUGCUCCUAAGGUUCGGUUCCUCACCAAAAUCUACCACCCUAACAUUGAUAAGCUUGGAAGGAUCUGUCUUGAUAUUCUUAAAGACAAAUGGAGUCCUGCUCUUCAGAUACGAACUGUGUUGUUAAGUAUUCAAGCUCUUUUGAGUGCGCCAAAUCCAGACGAUCCUCUUUCUGAAAACAUCGCGAAGCAUUGGAAGACAAACGAGGCCGAAGCUGUUGAAACAGCAAAGGAAUGGACACGUUUGUAUGCUAAUGGUGCUUGAAGGUUGUCGGAAUGAAAUGAAAUGCUUUGCAUAUAGAAGAAUGUGAAGUGUAUUGUAUUCAGCUGGUGCCAAGGACGACGCUUUGUGGAACAAAUUGUUGUUUAAAUAUUGUUUCUACAUGAUGCUUUAUCCUCAUCUUUCUUUCAGAGAUUAUUUUCUGGAUUUUCUUUUAGCCAAAAGGAAAGACAUUUGAAAAGUUUCUUUUUAUGGUAAAUGAAAUUGCAAUGUCUUGUUUACCACAUCCAUUCCAUAAUUUUCUUCAUUUUCAUUUCCCAAAAUUUACUCCCACCUUUAAAUAUAGAAUCGGUCCAUGUUGGAGGAAAGAAAAUUUGACAUUGUUU